AUUUCCUGUCCCGGGGGACGCGGGGUGGGGGCAGAGAUGAGUUGCUGAGUAUGCAACACCUCUGGCGAGCACAGACACAGGCCCUACUUGGGGGGCCCGUUGUAAGCUGACCCCAUGGAGUUGCCCCUGGCCCAGAUAUGCCCCCCAGAGCCUCAUGGAAGUGCCCCUGCCCCAGCAUUCAGCACGUCCCAGACCACGGACUUGACCCACAGGAGCUGCCAGGGCCCAGGUUUGCUCUCCAGGCCCAGACUCCAGGUUCCACUGGGUGAGGAAGUCCAGCCCAGCACCCCCAGAACCUCAGCUGUGCAGACAGAGGCAUCGCCCCAGGCCCUGGAAGCUGCCUCCAUGAUGAGGCCAGCAGAGAGAGCCGAGGAGGUCCCUGGUGGGGAAGGAGGUCAGGCUCUACAGGCUGAGAUCCGGGCUUGGUUCCAGCGGACCCAGGCACCCUGGCUCCUGGAGGACGGGGUAGCCCCCGCCUGGUUCCACGGCUUCAUCACGCGAAGGGAGGCCGAAAGGCUGCUGGAGCCCAAGCCUCAAGGAUGCUACCUGGUGCGCUUCAGCGAAAGCGCGGUGACCUUCGUGCUGACUUACAGGAGCCGGACCUGCUGCCGUCACUUCUUGCUGGCCCAGCUCAGAGACGGACGUCACGUGGUCCUAGGCGAGAACAGCGCUCACGCACGGCUGCAGGACCUAUUACGGCACUACACGGUCUGCCCACUCAGCCCCUACGGGGAGACCAUCACCAAGCCCCUCGCCCGCCAGCAGACUCCUGUGCCAGUAGGACUUUGCCUGAGGACUGAAGAGACAGACUCCACAAGCAAAAGCCAGGAUACAAACCCCCAGUAUACCCCAAUCAUCAGACACGCACAGACCCCUGCCCCAACACUGAAGGAGGGGGCUCGGGAGCCGAAGGAGCCCUGCCAGCUGCCCAGGCCCAAGCCUCCUAUUCCCGCCAAACCCCAGCCACCCUCAGAAGUCUACACAAGUCCAGCUCCACGGUCUCGUCCAGUCCUACCCCCAAGGCCCACAAAUCCCAUCUACCACGAGCCUGAUGAACCCAUAGCCUUCUACGCCAUGGGCCAGGGCAGCCCUAGGAAGGCCUCCAGCAAUAUCUAUGAGGAGGUAGAAUUGCCGGCUGCCCUGGCUGCUGGACACCCUGCGCUGCGGAAGUGCUGGUCCAGGCCUAUCCCUGGAAGUGAGAAUCCAAGCAGCGGUGGCGGGCAGCAGCAAUCUGAGAGCUCUGGGGCUGGACAAGGCCCACCGCCAUCCCAGCAGCCCCCAUUGCCCUGGAGACAUACCCUCCCCCACAACCUUUCUAGGCAGGCGCUUCAGGACCGAGGACCCCUUGGACUUCCUCAGUAGACGGGAACGUCAGAGAAUUUCUCAGGCAGGUAAUCCAGCUUUGUAGAACGUUGUGGCACCGAGGCCUGGGUGUUGAGUCCCCCUCCUCCAAGGGACCAAUCUAUCCCACCCUACCACCAAAGAAGCCUGGAAGUUGGAGAAGCAGCUAAGGGGUCUGCUUCCUCCUGGAACACUGACUCUCCGCCCCCUGCCCCCGAGAGUCCCCAAGAACCGAGCGGCUCAGCGUUCAGCCGUCCUCUGAGGCGGCCAGGAAGUGUGUUAGGAGAGCUUUGCUGGCUCCCACAGCCCCAUUUCUCCUCUUGGAGUCUUAUUUCCUUGGCCCCUCUGAGCCUUUGAGUCUGGGCUCUGGUCCAAUGCUGCUGUUGUCUGAGGAAUGGUUUGGUGAGAACAGAUGUUGGAACUUGUUUGUUGAUUCUUGUCUGGCUAAUAAAUCAUCGCCAACAACCUC